AGCAGCCGAGCGGGGCGCUCGGGCCGGACAUGGCGGGCUGUGUGGCCCGGCGGGCCCUGACCGUGGGCAGCCGCUGGUGGUCCCGGUCGCUGACCGGGACCCGGGGGCCGAGGCCGCUCUGUGCGGCACGUGGAGUGGGGGCCUUCUUGCCAACUGCGACCACGACGACGCGGAGGCACCUCUCGUCCCGAAACCGACCAGAGGGCAAAGUUUUGGAGACAGUCGGUGUUUUUGAGGUGCCAAAACAGAAUGGAAAAUAUGAGACGGGGCAGCUUUUUCUCCAUAGUGUUUUUGGCUACCGAGGUGUCGUCCUAUUUCCCUGGCAGGCCAGACUGUAUGACCGGGAUGUGGCUUCUGCAGCUCCUGAAAAAGCAGAGAAUCCAGCAGGCCAUGGCUCCAAGGAGGUGAAAGGCAAAACUCACACUUACUAUCAGGUGCUGAUUGAUGCCCGAGACUGUCCACAUAUAUCUCAGAGAUCUCAGACAGAAGCUGUGACUUUCUUAGCUAACCAUGAUGACAGCCGGGCCCUCUAUGCCAUCCCAGGACUAGACUACGUAAGCCAUGAAGACAUCCUCCCCUAUACUUCCACCGAUCAGGUUCCCAUCCAGCAUGAACUCUUUGAAAGAUUUCUUCUAUAUGACCAGACAAAAGCACCCCCUUUUGUGGCUCGGGAGACACUACGGGCAUGGCAAGAGAAGAAUCAUCCCUGGCUCGAGCUCUCGGAUGUCCAUCGGGAAACAACUGAGAACAUUCGAGUCACCGUUAUCCCCUUCUACAUGGGCAUGAGGGAAGCCCAAAAUUCUCAUGUCUACUGGUGGCGCUACUGUAUUCGCUUGGAGAACCUCGACAGUGAUGUGGUACAGCUCCGGGAGCGACACUGGAGGAUAUUCAGUCUAUCUGGCACCUUGGAGACAGUGAGAGGCAGAGGAGUGGUGGGCAGGGAGCCAGUGUUAUCCAAGGAGCAGCCCGCAUUCCAGUACAGCAGCCACGUCUCUCUUCAGGCUUCCAGUGGGCACAUGUGGGGCACGUUCCGCUUUGAGAGGCCUGACGGCUCCCAUUUUGAUGUCCGGAUCCCUCCCUUCUCCCUGGAAAGCAAUAAAGAUGAGAAGACACCACCUUCAGGCCUUCACUGGUAGGCCAGCUAAGGUCCUGAGUGCUUGGCUCCUGAAGAACAGCUCUCGUCCCACAAUUGCUGCAGAACUUUCUCUCUCCAUCAUAGGCCACAAUAGGUCUCUUAAUCGUUUGCGCCAUUUGAUUGUAGGGUUCUUUUUUUGGGAGGUGGGGCAUAACUUCUUUUCUCCAGAAGACCCACGUAGGACUCUUCCAAGGCUGGCCUCCCCCAUAAGCCCUGCCGACACUGUGUUCCAGUCAACUUUUCCAUGAGGAACUCUGUUCAGCUGUCACAGGCCCCUGAAGCAAUUUCCUGGCCUGUCAGACAGCUGUUUGGAAUGUGAGGUUCGGUCAAUAAACAGUGCACGCUUGGCCACCCUUGCCAUUUCUGCCCCCAGGGCCUCAGGCUCUCUUUUUGACUUGGUGGGGGCCCUUGAUUGCUUUCCUUGCUGCCCUACAAGGAAGCUGCCCCUUCUACUGGGUUAUGUACCUGUUCCCUCCUGAAACUGGAAGUUGUUUGGGUGUCACUACGGGUCACUCUAAGUCUGUAGGGUAGGGGCUGGACUGGACUCUAAUCUUGUCAUCAUCCUCUGCCAGGCACAGAGACGUCAAGCAUCAGGGUGUAAAGAGUGGCCUGAUUCUUAGUGCUGGCUGACCAUUGGCAUCUCUGGCCUUCCCAGCCUGGGAGUGUAGUGAGGCAAGCCAGUGUGGUUUGGGCUUGCCCCCUAUGAGCACAAAUCUGUCAAGCAUCCAGACUACAAAUGCAGAAACUUAGUCAAGGUGCUUUAGGCAUGAAAAUAGGCAACUCUUUUCUGAGUUUCUCAAAGGUUUCCAAGAGCCAGAGAUGAGAUGUGCUAUAUUUUGCCCUGAUUCUUAGGAUUCCUGCUCCCCCACCACCAUAGUGAUUGUUAAAGAGAUCGUUUCAUUCUUGAAUUAAUAUUAAAUCUCAGUUCCAGCCCUUAUUAGUGUUGUCCUUAAUCCUCCACCAGGGG